AUGAUCGACCUCGUGCUCAUCCUUGCCAUCAAGCUCGCGCUCUACCUCUCGGCGAGAGCGGCGCUGCCCUUCCUCUUCGGUCAUGCACGCUACGCAUCUCUAGAUACUGGACCCAAAGCAUCGAGCUCGGCUGCCGCUUCCCUCCCCGCUCCCGUCACCGCCUCCCACUCGUUCUCCGCCGGCGGGUCACUCCACGAUGACGACGACCACCGCACGGGCAACGGCACUGCGCUGGCAAACAGCUCAGCCGACACGUCGCCCUUCCUCGCCAUCAGCGCCAACUCGUCGCUUCCGUCGCUCACCCAGUUCAAGGCGGCGCUGUUUGCGCCCGUGCGUGUGCGCCACGCCAACGGCGGCUUGGACCUCGCGAGCGUAGCGGCGCUGCUGUUCUCGCUGGCGUUUGAGGAAUCAGCAUCGCUCUUUGUCGCCGUGCUGCUCGAGACGGCUGGCUUCGCUGCAGGCCAGGGCACGACGUUGCGUCGCUCGUGGCGCUUCUCGCUCGUCGCCGUGCUCGUGCUCGCCAUCGUGCUCAUUCCACUCGCCGUGGGCCUGCUCUUCACCUACCGCACCAACUCCAACACCUCGCUCGCACGCAGGCUCGCCUGGCUCGUGCUGCCCAUGCUUCCGUGGCUGCUCGUCUUUUUCAAGGUGCCGCUGCCCGCCGCGCUUCUUGACGAGCGCAGCAAUGCCGGCAUCUUUGACGGUCUCAUGGCACGCACCGCCGUGAUCGGCGUCACCUUUAUCGCCAUCCUGUCUGGAUCCGCAGCGCUGCAGGCGGCGUGGGAGGCGGUGGAGCAGUUGAGCGGAAAGCAGCAGCGUCCCCCCACAAAAACCGACAUCCAGCUCGCGCGCGAAUCGUUCCAGCGCACCUGCACCGACCUCGCCGCGAGGAAAGCCGACCUGGACCGUGUGCAGCACCACUCGUCGGGCACGGCCAGCUCGGGCUGGAGCGUGUCUUCGCUGUGGGGUGGUGAUUCGCGCUCGCGCGAGAUCAAGGCGCUCAAGUCCGAGAUCUUUGGACUCUCGGCCAUCGCAGGCGCGAUGCGCGAUGAUCUCGACCGCAUGACGUCGCUCCAGCACAAGGACGAGCUGAGCGCCACGCUGCUGGGCAAGCUCUGGAUCCUCGUGGGAUGGGGUUGGGCUGCCUACUGUGCGUUCCGCAUCGCGCUGUCCAUGCUCAACCUGCUCGUGCUUGGAUACCGCGAUACGGCGCCGCCGGACUUCAUCUCGCUCUCCAUCGCCUACGUCAUGCGCAUCUUUGACGUGAACCUCGACGUGGCCGCGUGGACAAAGCAGGUAUCGCUGCUGUUUGUCGGAUUCCUCAUCUGGGGCAGGAUCGGCAGUGUGCUCGCCUUCCUCGGCUCCGCAUUCCGCGCAGCUGGUUCCGGAGUCUCGAGCUCCUUCCUCGUGCUCUUCCUCGCCGAGAUCAUGACCAUCUAUCUGCUCGCCACCCUUAUCCAGCUCCGAUCCUCCCUGCCUGCCUCCGUAUCGCCUCCAACGCCGUUGGUCCGAGACACGAGUACUAGCGACGGCACAGGUGUACCUCCACUUCUCGCCACGCUGCCCAGCUUCCAGGUGGUGUUUGGCAGCCUCUUCGACUCGGCCUUCCUCCUGGCGGCUGCCAUCACCGCAGCUUGGAAGUACCUCGUCUACAUGCAACGCAGCGCCUCCGGCGACGGCGGCGUCCUCUUUGGCGGCGGCAGCCACUGA